AUAAAUCCCACAACUACACCUUGCGUACAAUUAUUCCUUACUAGCUAUGGAGUCUGAAUUUCACACCAGUCUUGAUCGGCUGCACUCAUUGCACUCAGUGAAAGAGUGGUAUUCUUCCAGGCAGAAACCAUUGGUGGGUACCUACUGCCUGCUGGCACUUGCUUACAUACUUAUCCUGGCUCUCUUCAUAACAGUAAUAACCAGAAGCACAUCUGGAUCUUCUUCAGCAGACAGCAAUGACCUCAAGAAUUAUGUUGCUCAGCUCGCUUCCAAAGUGAAUGCAAUGGAGGCAAAAAAAGAGGCCUGUGAUUCUGCCUGGAUACAGUUUGAAGACAGUUGUUAUUACAUUACCACAAAGAAGACAAACUGGCAGAAAGCCCGCUCUUUCUGUGUGCAGGAGGGAGGCGACCUGGUUGUUGUUAAUAGUGAAAAAGAACAGAAGUUUCUAAAAGAAAAAUCCGGUGUAAGCAACCUCAAGCGUUUCUGGAUCGGACUCAGUGAUAUAGAAGAAGAAGGUACUUGGACAUGGGUAGAUGGCACCGACUACAGUACAUCAUAUCAGUUCUGGAAAAAAGGUGAACCAAACGAUCAUCUUACAAAUGAAGACUGCGCUCACCUGUGGAACCCCACGGGGGAAUGGAACGAUGUGCACUGCACCUUUCAGGAGCCUUAUGCCAUUUGUGAGAAAAAAGUGAAAACUUAAUUCUAUGCAGAUUUGUUUUUUUCUAAUAUGUAGCCCCCAAACAGAUAACCUUUGUAAGAGAAGAUACUUGCCAUUUUUAUAUCGGGACCAAACCCUCUUGCUUCUGUAAGAAACAUAAAUAAAUAAAAAAAAUGAUUGUUACAUAGUUACAUAGUUACAUAGGGUUGAAAAAAGACCAGUGU